AUGGAGAAACGUGAUCUACAACAAUUCUUUGCCUGGCCAGUUGCAGAUGUCAUUGCACCGGGAUACUCUCAGAUCAUUAGUAAUCCUAUGGAUUUCAGUACCAUAAGGCAGAAAAUAGCCAAAACGUACAAUCAUCCAGAUACAAUUUAUUACAAGGCAGCAAACAAUAUAUUGCCCGUUGGCCUAAAUAUGGUUACAACAAGAAAGCUUCGCCAACUAAGUCCUGUAUUAACUUACAUGCAGGACAUGUCGAAAGAAGUACUUGGUUUUGAAUUAGGUACGGAAUAUCUUCAUAUUUCAGAUGUUCCUUUAACGGAGCAGCAAUUCGAACAGGAACGGGAACGGGAACAGGAAGAGCAUGGUAUGACGCCGGAGGAAAUCAUAAAACAAGUUCGAGGAGCCGCAAAAGCGGCAUCGGGUAAGUUAACGUUGAAAAGUUUGAAUUCUAAAGUGGAUUUCCUUCGACAAAGGGAAGAUGGGACAAUCACUUUACAUAACAAAGUACAGGGAGACGGCGUAAUUCCAGGAACUAAUCAAAGACCAGUCUCGUUGUUGCAUCUUAUAGGUAAAUUGAACAACGGCAAAGGAGCAUUAGCAGGAUUCCGAAAAUAUAGAAGAAAUACUUCGAAACCAAUAAAACCUUUGUAUUACGGUGCCUUUGAUUCUUGGGAUGAGGUUCUUGAACCGGUUAUGAAAUACGGUUAUGAAAUUGCUGUGCAAUACGCAGAAUCCAUAUUAGACAAUGUUAAAUACUGUGAUUAUACAUUAAUUAUGUUCGAUGACCUGUUGGAAAUUCUGAUAGGAGAUCACAGAAAGACUAAAAAAUUCCUCGAGGAAAAACGUAGACGCAAAGAAGGGGAAGAGUAG